CCACUAAAAGUUAACAUGAAGGGAGAGGACCUCACUGAGAGACAGAACAUGUCCAUCUAUGUACUGUAUCAUGCAUCCUCCCCAAUACCACAAUUACCUAAAUACCAAUUUUUCAUGCAGGAGGAGGAGGAGGGAGAGGCAAGAGGGAUGGAUGAUCUGACGUGUUCGGUGUGUUCGGAGGUGUUUGAGGGUGGAGUGAGAGAGCCCGUGGUACUUCCUCAAUGUGGCCACACCUUCUGCCGCGCCUGCCUCAUUAACCUGCAGGCCAGAGACCCAGCGUUCAGCUGCCCAACCUGCAGAAGCAGUUACUCCGGUCCGCCCGUGGCUGAUCUGCCCGUGGUUUAUGUCAUCCUUAAUAUGGUGUCAUCACACACGACUAUAAAGGCACAUCCAGAGGUGUCGUGGGAUGCCUGCCUGAGCCACGGUGACCCUGUGAGGCUGUGGUGUUGCUCGUGCCAGGAGCCACUGUGUGGACAGUGCCUCUUUGAGCAACACAUGACAGAUGGACAUCAAGUUGUUAAAACACAGACUGCUCUUGAACAAGAGAGACUAGUGAUACAAUCACGAGCAGAUCGUGUUACAAAAUAUAUUGAAGGGGAAAAGAAACGCUUGACAGAAAAAUUUCGUGUAGUAUCCCUUCAGUUGGCAAAAAUUUACAGUCACAGCAAGAUUCUCAGUCACCAUUCCAAGACUGUUAGUGAUAUCCUGAGAUCCACCCAGGAGUCUGAACAGAUGAAAUCUUUGCUUAUCAACCGCAGUGUAUUAGACAAGCUUUUAAGAAAGUUUGAGAUGACUGCAGGCGUAUCUAAUUCAUCUCGGAUGACUACAAAUGCCAAGACAGUUUCUUCCUCAGAAGCAAAAUCCGAGAGUGAUGACAGUGAGCAAGAAUCCCACACAAGUACGCCAGACCUUGAUAUCAAAGAUGACCUCCAAACAUUGUCUCAAGAGACUCCAUCAGAAGUUUGUGGCCAUGACUCAGACACAGAAUGUAAUGAAGAAAUUGCAUCUGAUACAAGUCAGGAGGAAAGUCAGGAGCCAGAUGCGACUCAGGACCACAGCCAGGGGCCACAUGUAAGGCAAGACAAUAGGCAGCUGACUGAUGUGAGCAACGUUGAUGAUCAGGAACCAUACAAGAGAGAUGGGGUCGAGGUUAACUCAGAGUUUGAGUGUCCUGUGUGGAUGCUGAAUCAAUGUGCUCCAGGAGGCAGCACUCAUUGGCCCAAAAUCAACUGGUACGACUUCAUGGCUCAGUUACCAGUGGUACAGCUGCUGGUGCCUCCGGAGAAGCCCGAGGUGUUCCUACAGCUAGGAGUGGGAGACAGGAUUCUUGGCCGAGUCCACAUCCGCCUGUGGGGACACCUGCGCCGUGCCCAGCACUUUCUGGCCCUGUGUCUAGGAACUCUUGGCCCCACCUUCAGGGGGUCUAGGUUCUCCUAUGUAGCGAGAAAGGGGGAAGCUGGGGAACGGCUGGUUGGUGGAGUGUACAUGACAGAGGCUGGACCUAGCAGCCACCAGCUGAUGGAGGGCUUGGAGUGGCGGGGAGAGUAUCUUGGUCCUGCUCGGGAGGGAAUUGUUGGAGGUUCACGUGGUCGACAAGCCAAGUACAAUUCAUGCUUCUGCAUUAGUUCAAAGGAUAAUCCCAUAGGACAGUACUACUGUCCAUUUGGGGAAGUUGUAUUUGGACUAGAGGUGGUGAAGGCAGCCAUCCGCCAUGAUCCAGUAAGUGACGUCAUUAUAGUGAAUACUGGGCUUAUUAACCCACACAUGUAGUAGCCUGCAGUCAUGAAGGGUGUUCCCUAACUUCUAAUUUGAUAUGAAUGGGUGAGCUACAGACCGUGAAUAAGUCUUUACAUACUUGAACCUGAAAUGGCUAACCAAAGAAAAUGAGUAUAUAGCUAUCAGUAGAUAAAUAAGGAGUGAACUUGGAAAUUCUAUUUUAUGGCAGGGAGGAAGAUUCAGGAUAUCUAAGAAAUUCCCUCAACUAGCACACAGUCUGCCUUGUCCUGGGGUUAUUUCUGAGUCAGAGACACUGUCCUAAAUAUAUCAGUACUCAAGUUAUAUGACAGUGAAUCAGUGGUUAAUGAGGGUGGAAUCUUGACCAUGAUCUGGUGAUGUUUAAAAAAGUGUUCCUAUCAAAAGACCAGUUGGGAAAAUCCACUAUUUCCCCCCAUUGAUAGAGCAGCCUACCAAGGUAGGAGAGACUCUUCCCGAUACAGUAGUCAUGAAAUUAAAAAGGAAGUUUCAAAAUUGAUCCUUUAUUUUAUGGGUUAUUUGUCCAGUGACUUGUGAGAUUCCAAACAAACUCGGAAAGCGAUGAAGAAAGUUGUCCAUCACACGAAUAUCGACGUAAAACCCGAAAGGAACUACAGUAACCAUAUCAACAAAGACAGAACCAAUCUUAUUUACUUAAUCUGAAGGUCUUCCCAGUGCAACAAUGACUGAUGAUUUAUUGCUUUAUGGACAAAGCCCAAUGUAUUAAUAUGGACAGAAGAUAUACUUGGUAAGUCCCUUCAUUUAGUAGAUAAAAAAUUAUAGAUUAAUCCUGAAAUCCCAUUUAAUGGUUAAGCUCAGAACCUUAGUAUCUCAUGAAAUAAUGCCAUGAGCCUGGAUUGAAACCCCAGGUCUAAUCUUGACUCAUCAUUGACUGGAACUAAUUCAUGAAAUCCCAAAAGGGGCCUUCAGUUAACCACUUAAAGUAGAAAGCAAUGAAUCAUGAGCAACAAGUCAGCAGGCACUCAACUUGACCUUUUUUCAGCUUGGUCACAGCUGGGUUUUCACAUAUUAAACUGUUUAAUUACAUUUGAAUUCCACACUACCCAUUGCGAGGAAGAGGGACAUCCAAGUUGCUUUGUUCUGGGCUCACCCAUAAAAUGAGAUAUUAUGAUGUAUCCUCCAUUUAUGGCUGACGGCCUUCACUAAUUAACUCUUGAAUUCCAAAGCUAGCUAGAAAAUGGGAGGUGGUUGAUGCAAGUACUCCAAGUUUUAAUGUGGCAUGUACAGUAUAUCUUAUUAUUAGGUCAGAAGGAAACUAACUUUACUACCUCAGUUAUAGGCUAUGCAACUCUGUGGUAUUGCACUGUUCAUCAUGGUACAUUAUUGACCCAUUAACCUAGUGCCUCUUGGAUAACAAGAGCUCCUAAUGCACUAACCUGUGAGAUUUCAGAUCCUUAUUCAUGAAGGCUGGUUGAGCCAUGCAAAUUGAUAUCUUGAAAUUAUAAGGAAACUUAAGUGUUAGAGGUUUGUGACCAAACCUGAAAGGAAUAAAUUGAUCUCGGAGAGGCACUCGUGUAUUCUAAAAAAAAAACCAUUGUGAUUAUUUCUGACAUCCAUUCAAGAAAAUACCCCAGUAACUAAGUAGGAAAAUACUUUGGUAAAAGAGACCCCAACCAAGAGAUAUUACUAUCUAUUUCCCCUUGCUAACACAUGGUUAGCAAAACAUUCUGCAUAGGACAUAACUACUGUUAACACAAUUGCUAAGAAGGGAACCAUAUCCAGUAAAGGCAGAAAGGAGCCGAUAUACGGUACUGUAUAAUGAUCCCCAAAAGCUGUCGGUGUCUUAGGUACUGUACAUGUAACAUUCUAUAAAUAAACGGGAACAGGAAAACCCAAUUCCACUGAUUUUGGUCUAAGGAAGAGAUGUCAACCUCAAUUAAACUUUUUGGUGAACAGGGGAGGCAAAAAACUGGGAUAUAUUCUAUGCUGCUUACAUCGAAAACCUUAACUUCAUAUAAAAUACAAAAAAUGGGUUAUGACAUGGUGGCUUAAGUGUCCCACACCUGUGGUUCACUUGCAGAGUGUUUGUUUAUGCAGCUUUUGUACUGGAAAAAUUUACAACAAUUUCCUUGUCUCAGAAAUGCAUCAACCCCUUGGAUAAGGCAAGCUUUGAGGGGCUGCACUACUGAAUGUUAUCUUGCAGAUUACUUGACAUAUAACUUACAGACCAUAGAGGACAGAAGAAUCUAGUGGUACAUGAUGUCUGCUGAAAGCAGUUCUGAAGAUCAGUGAAACCUCACUUAUUCAAUUUUCAGAUACAGGGUACUUAAAAAACAAAUGGCAAGUUCAAUAUUCCAAGCAACCUCCCAAUAAUUCAGCCUUUGGUCGAAUGCUUCUAAACCUUAUACAAGGUAUGACCCAAGAGUUCUGCUUCCUAUCAUACAUGAGGAGUGGGAGAGCCCAGUUUGUGUAUUGUAGUUGUGCAUGUUACAUUUUGGCUUUAUUUAAAUUUACAACUUUAUGUGAUAAAAUACUUUACUGUCCAUUCAUCAGGGUAGAUAAUUAACUCAGAAGAGAUUGGUGAUUGAACUUGCUCCACUUCCACUAAGUGACUGUUGUACCACUGGCUGACCAGCUCAUUCUCCUCACAGAGUGCACACAUUUGGGAUCGUUCAACCAGUGAUGCAAUACGUACUUGUUUUACUUGUGUGGAUAUUCUGGAAAUCAUAUUAAAUUUUUACUCCAUAACUUUGCAUUUUCAGCGAGUUCAACCUACCUUUUCCCCCGUAUAGUUCAAAGUACAGAAGUAAGGUUUUACUCUCCUGACAUUUUUAUAGGAACUACUGUAUCAAACCAGUGACUAAUUAUGUACCUUCUGUUGUUAUUUUGAACUGUUGAUAUUUUUCAAAGGAUUAUUGAAUCCGCUUGUUCAUUUGUCAUUUAUUAAUACAGGGCCCCCUCCCCAAGUUCGCGGAUUUUUACUUCGCGAUUCUCGGUUAUUCGCGGAUGACACCCUGGAUGUACCCAAGAAUGUCUGUGGGUAGUUUUAAAGUU